GCGGCCGCGCGGGAGGGGCAGGGCCGAGGCUGCGGCGGCGGCGGCGAGAGAGAGAGAAGCAGCGACGCGACGAGGGCCUUCAAGCCAGAUCACCAUGAGCACCAAGCAGGUCACUUGCAGGUAUUUUAUGCAUGGUGUGUGUCGGGAAGGAAGCCAGUGCCUGUUCUCCCACGACCUGGCAAACAGCAAGCCGUCCACCGUCUGCAAGUACUACCAGAAGGGCUGCUGCGCCUACGGGGCUCGUUGCAGAUACGAUCACACGAGGCCUUCUGCUGCAGCUGGUGGUGCUGUGGGCACCGUGCCCCACAGCAUGCCCUCCCCGAGUUUCCACAGUCCUCACCCUGCUUCUGACCUCACUGCAUCUAUUGUGAAAACUAACUUACACGAGCCUGGGAAACGUGAAAAGAGAACACUGGUACUUCGAGACCGAAAUCUGUCCGGCAUGGCUGAGGAGAAGACUUGCCCGAGUGUGUUGAGUAAUCCCGGAGGCUGCAGCGACCCCCAGAGCAGCCCAGAGGUGAAGCCGCAUUCCUACCUCGAUGCGAUCAGGAGUGGCCUUGACAGCUUAGAAGCUGGCAGCUCCUACAGCAGCAGCGAGCAGCAGCUGUGCCCCUACGCGGCUGCGGGCGAGUGCCGAUUCGGGGACGCUUGUGUCUACCUGCAUGGUGAAGUGUGUGACAUCUGUAGGUUACGAGUCCUGCACCCCUUUGACCCAGAGCAAAGGAAAGCUCACGAGAAGAUCUGCAUGUCCACAUUCGAACACGAGAUGGAAAAGGCCUUUGCCUUCCAAGCAAGUCAGGACAAAGUGUGCAGUAUCUGCAUGGAAGUGGUCCUUGAGAAGGCGUCUGCUUCUGAGAGGAGGUUCGGGAUUCUCUCCAACUGCAAUCACACGUACUGCCUGUCCUGCAUCCGGCAGUGGAGGUGUGCCAAGCAGUUUGAGAACCCAAUCAUUAAGUCUUGUCCAGAAUGCCGUGUGAUAUCAGAGUUUGUAAUUCCCAGUGUGUACUGGGUAGAAGAUCAGAAUAAAAAGAACGAGUUGAUUGAAGCUUUCAAACAGGGAGUGGGGAAAAAAGCUUGCAAAUACUUUGAGCAAGGCAAAGGGACCUGCCCGUUUGGAAACAAAUGCCUUUACCGCCAUGCUUACCCUGACGGGCGGCUGGCAGAGCCUGAGAAACCUCGGAAGCAGCUCAGUUCUGAGGGCACUGUGAGGUUCUUCAACUCAGUGCGACUCUGGGAUUUCAUUGAGAACCGAGAAAGCCGGCAUGUCCCCAGUACUGAAGAUGUCGACAUGACAGAGCUUGGGGACCUCUUCAUGCACCUGUCUGGAGUGGAGUCGUCAGAACCCUAAGGAGUAGACGGUUAACCCUGCAUCGUGGGCUCUACCAGCCCAGCAUUCCCCCAAGCUAGGGUGUGCGGAACAUCCUUCACUGUGACCUGAGGUGGUGUGUUGCUUGGUUUUGAGUGGGGUGUGCCUACCUCGGUCUCCCCCACUCCUUUAUCACAGCCAUGGGAGGAGUGAAGGAUAAAGUAACCCAGCAAGCAUAUAGAAUCACUACUUUUAUAGUUGAUCUCUUUAGUUGCACCUCAAGCUCCUAAGGGGGACCAGCUGACAUGCCAGAUGGGAGUUUUGAUUGCUUUUAAAAGCGACCCAGCUCCUAUCCUCGAGCUUUAGCUCCCUAGAAACAGUCACCAUGCAGAUUAAGUUUUUUUAACAAAGGAUCUUCACCCCUAUAAAGUCCUCUCCCGUGGAUUUCCCUAGUGUACUUACUGUGUAGUCCAAAACUGUUUCUUGAGAAGCUCUGUAUAAAUCAACAAGUGGGUACCACACACCUUAGCAUGAAACUUGUGCUGUUCAGUGUCCCAGAGCAGGAGUCCUGGUGCCAUGUGUUCAGUAAAUUCCCUGUAAGGAGCGGACUCUUAAAGUAGCAGGCACCUAUUUCUGGUUGGUGCUGGGGCCACGUGCUGCAAGGAAACCCAUCCCCAGCUGUCACCUGUGGGCUUUCCUGGGGCUCAUGCCCCAAAACUGCGUUCAGCAUACACACGUGCUCUUACGUGUGGCCCCUGCUCAAAGCCACACGUUCUGUCUGUAAGUCUGGCUUUGAUUUGAAAUUUCGUGAAAAGUUAAAAUGGCACCCAGCAGAGUUCCUAGUUCUGACCGUCAGUGGUGACUUUAAUUGAAGGAGCAUAACUUUGUGAAUCAGAACAAAUUUGCCGCAACUCUGAAUUAAUCUAUUUUUAUAAAUAGCUAUAGAUACCAAAUAUUUUAUAAAAUGCAUUAAAGUGUAGGUAGAAAAAGGUCUGCUCUUACCUGAGUUUAGAAUGCUUGAGUUCUUGCACCAGGAGGAUGAACAAACGGGAGAGUUCAAGCUGUAAGCUCAGUAUUAACUUUAAAAGGAGGAAACAGCCAUUAAACCUACAUUUAAUUUAUUUUAUUAAAAUAACAUAAUUGAGGAACCAUCAGAUAACUGUAUUUUGUCAGGCGCAAUAAAAACAAAAUUAAAACCCAAAUCAUCAAGAAAA